GCGAUGACUGAGGCAAGAUGACGUCAGCUUACAUGUGAAUUUCACUGGACUUAUUUUGAUUACUCAACUGUAUCAUUAUCCCUAAAACAGCUGUAUUUUAAUUAAAUUUAAACUUGGAAUCAGCUGGUAACAAGAUAAUAAUAAUACAGCGACCAUGACAACAGUUCCCACAAAAAUAGUGCUGAAAAGCACAACCAGAAUGUCUCUCCAUGAUAGGUUUUCGAACAUCACCCCCACCAUUCAGAAUAUUCGUUCAAACAUGGUGGCGGAGCAACAAGUAUCGGCAGCCAACAGGAGAUUAGCCCAACAGCUAGCCAACAGACCAGGGGUUCAAGCCGGCCCUGACAUGUACUAUCAACAACAGAGGGGUGGAAGACAAGGCAACAUGAACCAGGGUAUGAAAAAGAGUUUACAACAGAGGCUUGGAAAAGCAAAUGUGAAAAAUAGAUUAUCACUACCAGGUGGUCAGCCACAGACCAGAGGUCGCGGCAGGGGACGUGGUAGAGGUGCAUCCAACGCUCCCCUGCAGAGCGGAGGAGGUGAUAAUUUGUAUUUCACAAACAAAACCAGAGGAAGAGGAGGAAAUUUCAGAGGCAGGGGAAAUUUCAGGGGACGUGGUCGAGGCAACUAUAACAGAAAUAGUGACUCAUUAAUAACCAGGUUUGAUGAUAACUCUAGGGGUAGAGAUAUUCGACGUCGGGGAGGUCGUGCCCGAGGUGGGCCAAACAGGUUCACUGGACAAAACUUGCAGAACAAACCAAGGGGAGGAUUGCGUGGUCGUGGCCGCGGGAUGAGACAGGGAGGAAGGUUCCCAGGCCGUGGUGGACGGGGUGGUCGUGGUCGCGGUGGCAGAGGAGGAAACGUCAACGUCUCUGCCCAGGACCUGGACAGCCAACUGGAGGAGUACAUGGCCAAGACCAAGUCACACCUGGACACAGAGCUGGACGCUUACAUGGCAGAGACCACCAACUGAUUUGUUUGUGAGAGACGGGAGGAUCAUGUUUUGAAGUUUAGUGAUGUUAUUGAUAGCAAGUGCUUUGGUGGUUGGUUUAAAAUGUAAGAUUUGGCUACAGUUUUUGGCCUGUGUUUGCAUAAUCCUUUAAUAGCAGUGGGGUUGCUGUCUGCUGGAAUGAAUAAAUUUUGAAGGCACGCCAUUGAUGUGAUGAAUCUCAACGGCUUGUUGAAGUAUAAAAACUAAAGAAAAUGUUAUACUGUAUUUAUAAAAAUUGAUCUCUUUUAAAAAAACAGCAGACCGUUGAUACUGCUACCCUUGUCAUUGUAAUAUUGUAUUUGCCAAUCUAAAAUGGAGGGUACAAACCUGCUUAAACUGGAUAACUACUGGCAUUUACAACACAAAAUCUUACGUAAAUCUGUUUUAGUGGAAGUUUUUUUUUUUUUUUUUAAACUUGUUUUCUUUUUAAUUUGCAGAGUUGUUUUAAUGUAACCACGACUAGGUCAAUUUAAAAAGCAAGGCAAAAAAUAUUUUGAGAACAAAAAUCUAUAUUCGUCUUAAUGAUCCAAUAUCAUUGAUAUACUAUAUCAUCUUCUUAAUCAUUUCAUUUUGUAUUUAAGUUAUCAAAGUUAGCAAUAGGGCUUUUCUUUUCCCUACAUUUUUUUUUAAAUUCAUUUUUCCAGACAUUGUAUUGGACUAUGUUCUCUUUCCUUUGAGAUGGAUGUGUGAAUACUAAUGUUUUGUUUGGUUCUCAUUACUUUCAUGUAACUCUCAUUUCUAGAAUAGUUUGAUUUAUUCACUGUUUCUUAUAUUUUUUGUUACCAUGUCAAUACAGUUUACCCCUUUUCCCUUUAAGUUAAGUUGUGAAAGAAAAAAAUGUAAAUGUUUGCUUGAGGUGAACCUACAGUGACUGGCUCUUAUGUGUCAGAUGUCAUUGUUAUAGCUUUGUUUUAAAUGCCCCCCCCCUAUUUUUUUUUUUUAAACAUUCAUCAUAUUGAGUACUUAGUUAUAGUUCAACAUUAUAGUUCGCUAACAUCCACAACUCUAUUUUAAUUGAAUUUUAUUUGUAUAAGUUUUUUUUUUUUUGCCCCUAACAAUUGACUGUGACUAGAGUGAUUUGAAGCAAAGUUGAUUGAUCGCAUACAUUUUUUUUACUUUUUAAUAAUUUAUGUUUUAUUUUAUUGUCUGUCAAAGUACAUUAAUAAAGAAAAAGACCUAGAAUACAAUGAAACAUUUACAUUUGAUUAUUUUGAAAUGGAUUGUCCUUGAUAUAUUGGCGUCAAAAUAGUUUAUCUGGCAUGUAAAAUGUGGCCACAGAGUUCAUGAAAUGUUCAUGAUGUUUGCUUCAUCAUCAAUAUUUUCUUAUUUCAACCAGUAUUGAAUGUAUAAUUUGUUUCAUUUCUUGAGAUCACAUAUUUUGUUAUGUUCAUGGUUCUUUUGUUUUAUUUGCUUUAAUGUUCAGUUUUUUUAAAUCACAAAAAUACAAGAAGUGUAAUAGUAUAGGA